AUGACGGCCGGGUUCUCGAGGAGGGACAGGAUCUUGAGAUGCAGUCCAAUGUCGUCACUGUCAGCCCUCCUGCAGACUCUGCCAGGGGAGGUUGCAAAGAAAGAGACAGACAAUAAUAAUACUAGGAGAAUGUUGAACAUUUACUUGUUGGAGAACAGUGACGAGGAUUCUCUGGAGUUUGGAGUGCUCUCUCAGUCGGACACUGUCUCCAAGACCUUCACACUGCACAACAUCAACCCUGUGCAAAUAUCCAUCAUUUCCUACUCUGUGAGUGCCAAUCUCCCGUUUACGAGUGUCCAACUGUCCUACGUACACCCCACCACUAAUGGCACUCCCCACCCUCCCGCCCACUCCACACCCCCUCACACCCUCGAACCUGAACACAGCGCCCAAUUCACCGUGACUGUGUCUAAUCCAAACACCAUCAGUACCUACAGCGGGGAAGUCAUCGUCAGCACAUCGUUCGAUAAAGUUCUACACAUUCCUGUUUAUUUCAAGACGGCCGAGAGUAGAUUGAAAGUGAGCCCUAGGGCAAUUAGUUUCAAGGGGAUUUUCCCCUACCUGAGGGCAAGGGUCGGAUUGAGUGCACGGAAUUUGUUUCAUAAAGCUGUCGACGUGACCUCUGUGAACUCUGACCUUGAUGACCCCCGGGUAUACUUUGAAGAGAGUGUGGAUGGUUUGCCACGACUGAGACCAACGGAAAAAGUUGAGAUUGGCUCUGUUGUGAUUGACCCCCUACUGGGGGACACUGUAUAUCUGAAAAAGCCGGCCAGCUCCCUGGGGUUGUGGUCCUCUAACUCAGCCCCCCAGGACCCGUCUCGAGAGCUACAGCUACUCACCACUCUGUGGGCCUCUUGGAGGGGCCUGGUGGACGAUGGACGCACAGUUUUCAAUGCCAGUAUUGUAGUGAGCUCUGUUGGAGGUGGAGAGGUACGAGUGCCUGUAGAUGUGAGUCUGACCUGGCCUAACCUGGUCAAGGAGAAGCUGGUCACACUGGAGCCAACCACAGUGGGAAACACAUCAAUUCACCGUCUCCGCAUAACGAACCCGUCAGACGUGCCCCUACUGGUUCAACCAGUUUUCCUCAGUCACUACACUCACCCGCAAACCAUCAUCGACUCUCUAUUGGACCGAUUUGACCCACGACUACGAAAUCUCAACUUUUCUCAUUUGUCAAAUUCCUUCAGUUUUGUAUCUAGUGCAUCACCUGAGACAGCCCUGGCCACAACGUUACUGCCUCCACACAGCAAACUGUUAAUUUGA